AUGGGGUCAAGUUCUAGCAAUUCUGAUCAAUUUUCUCAAAUCAGCAGAGCGGUCUCAACUACUGCUUCUGCAAUCUUUGGAUCGCAAACCAUGGAAGAUACAAUCUUGUCAUACAGCAGUCCUUACAAGAAACUACUGCAUCAAACGAUCACACACUCAGGGUCGAGCAAUGCACUCACGAAAUUGCGUACAUCAGCCAAUCCGUUUAGAAAGGAAGACAACAAGGCAUUUCAAGAUAUUUAUUCUGCGGCCAAUGGAAGAUCGUUUUUCGAAAACCAGUUUAGUAACACAAAGACCAGUUUUAGGUUACUAAGUUACCUCAGUGAAGAGCUUCUGUACGACAUACCAAGUAGUGGUCAAUCCCAUCGCGGACAAAGGAAAAAUUCCGGCAAGUUUUUAAAGGAAAAUGGUGAACAUGUAGAGAAACAGGAAAAUACCAGAGCGCUGGAAGAACCGUCACUAUUCCAAGGUUUUGAAUCGUCGCUGCCGACCAUUGAUGAAAUGAUUACCUCGGGCCCUCGUCAGAAAACCACAGCUAUAGAAAAUGGGGAAAACAACGCAAAUGAUAAUAAUGCCGGUUUUUCUCUGCCAUCAGAGGUCGAUUGGGACGAAGUAAAUACCUCCAAUUCUUUGAGCGUGCUAAAAGCGGCAUCUCAAACGCUUUUAGAUGGCUUGGAUCUUUUGGAAAUACAGAAAAACCUUGCUGCAAGCGAAAUAAAAGAGAUUGACGCAAAGCUCGAAAGGCUUAAAGCAGUGCGUGAGCUGAUCUUCAAGAGGGUGGCCAGGGUUGACCAGAACGAGAUCUUUUACGAAAAACAUUUGGCGUUUGUAAGACAGAGACUUGAUGUCGUGGAAGCUAAUGAACUAGAUAGUCACGGUUCCGAUUCUGAUGUGCCCUCAGAAAGGGAAGAGUCCAACACUGACAUUGGAAAAGAAGCGCAAGCGAGUACAGCUGUUAAAAGAAGCUACGUCACAGGAAAUGAAAGCGAUGAUGACGAAGAAACGUCUGCUCUAAUGAGCAAGUCUAUUUACCAAAAAGUACGGAGCCGGCAUGAGCGCCGGGGUUCUAAAUCUACAGCAAAGAGCUCUCAUCAUUUUCAUGAGCCUUCAAGAACCAAAUUUCACAGCUCUAACAGACGACGGAAGACUUAUCCCACUUUACAGCAGUUUUACGAACCCGGUAGUAAAAUUAUGGCUUUACCACAAGCUCACGACGAUGGCAUCACUUGUCUAGACUUUGACAUGCCAUUUGGAACCAUGAGCACAGCUGGUAAACUUGAUCAUUGCGUAAAAAUAUGGAAUUUGAGUAAAGGAACCCAAAUUGGUAGUCUUUCGGGUCAUCUGGCGUCUGUGAGCUGUAUGCGGAUGGACGAAUCCUACACUUUGGUCACCGGUGGACGUGAUGCAUUGCUCAAGGUCUGGGAUAUCGAAAAGGCCGAAGAAAUAUUCCAAGACGAAAAUGCACAGGAAGAAGACCAAGAAGAAUUGUGUUUGCACACAUUCGACGCGCAUGUGGACGAAAUCACUGCGCUGCAUUUUGAAGGCACCACGUUAGUGUCUGGUUCGCAAGAUCGGACGAUUCGUCAAUGGGAUCUCCACACUGGCAGAUGUUUGCAAACCAUUGACAUAGAUUUUACAAACCGGGGCACAUCCACGGGAUUAUCUUCUAUCAGUUCACAGAACCCAAGCAGUAAUGUGCUUCUCACGCACAACGAGCCCCCGGUCAUCGGCGCAUUACAAUUUUACGAUGCCGCCAUGGCUACCGGUACCAAAGACGGUGUGGUACGCUUGUGGGAUCUCAGAUCCGGCCAGGUCGUUCGCGCGCUCGAGGGGCACACUGAUGCCAUCACGGGCCUGCAGUUCGACUCUGUAAAUCUGGUGACGGGCUCACUUGACCGCAGUAUUAGAAUAUGGGAUCUCCGUACCGGACUCUUGGCCGAUGUGUUUGCAUACGAUCGUCCCAUCAGCAGCUUGGAGUUCGAUUUCAACAAAAUCGUCGCUGCAGACAACGAAAGUUGUGUAAGGGUUUACGACCGCAAGGAUGGUCGUAAAUGGAAAUGUGGCGACGAAGCCGAAGAUGACAAAGAAGCCACUAGUAUCGUGGAGUUUGUCCGUUACAAGAAUGGCUAUUUGAUCGAAGGUCGCACCGAUGGUACCGUCAAUACCUGGGCUGUUUGA